GCGGCCGCAGGUUCCGCUGUCUCGGGAACCUUCGUAGCUGUCGUUCCGGCGGCGGCGGUGGCGGUAGCGGAGGAAGCGGCUUCAGGCCUCCGGUGCGGCUGCAAUGCUGCGCUCCCGGACCGAGGCGGCGAUGACCGCGGCCGACAGGGCCAUCCAGCGCUUCCUGCGGUCUGGGGCGGCCGUCAGAUAUAAAGUCAUGAAGAACUGGGGAGUUAUAGGUGGAAUUGCUGCUGCUCUUGCAGCAGGAAUAUAUGUUAUUUGGGGUCCCAUUACAGAAAGAAAGAAGCGUAGAAAAGGGCUCGUGCCUGGCCUUGUUAAUUUAGGGAACACCUGCUUCAUGAACUCCCUGCUACAAGGCCUGUCUGCCUGUCCUGCUUUCAUCAGGUGGCUGGAAGAGUUCACCUCCCAGUACGACAGGGAUCAGAAGGAGCCCCCCUCACACCAGUAUUUAUCCUUAACACUGUUGCACCUUCUGAAAGCCUUGUCCUGCCAAGAAGUUACUGAUGAUGAGGUCUUAGAUGCAAGCUGCUUGUUGGAUGUCUUAAGAAUGUACAGAUGGCAGAUCUCAUCAUUUGAAGAACAGGAUGCCCACGAAUUAUUCCAUGUCAUUACCUCGUCGCUGGAAGAUGAGCGAGACCGCCAGCCUCGGGUCACACAUUUAUUUGAUGUGCAUUCCCUGGAGCAGCAGUCAGAAAUAACUCCCAAACAAAUUACCUGCCGCACAAGAGGGUCACCUCACCCCAUAUCCAAUCACUGGAAGUCUCAACAUCCUUUUCAUGGAAGACUCACUAGUAAUAUGGUCUGCAAACACUGUGAACACCAGAGUCCUGUUCGAUUUGAUACCUUUGAUAGCCUUUCACUAAGUAUUCCAGCCGCCACAUGGGGUCACCCAUUGACCCUGGACCACUGCCUACACCACUUCAUCUCAUCAGAAUCAGUGCGGGAUGUUGUGUGUGACAACUGUACAAAGAUUGAAGCCAAGGGAACGUUGAAUGGGGAAAAGGUGGAACACCAGCGGACCACUUUUGUUAAACAGUUAAAACUAGGGAAGCUUCCUCAGUGUCUGUGCAUCCACCUACAGAGGCUGAGCUGGUCCAGCCAUGGCACACCUCUGAAGCGGCACGAGCACGUGCAGUUCAAUGAGUUUCUGAUGAUGGACAUUUACAAGUACCACCUCCUUGGACAUAAACCUAGUCAACCCAACCCUAAACUGAACAAGAACCCAGGGCCUACACUGGAGCUGCAGGAUGGGCCAGGAGCCCCCACACCAGUUCUGAAUCAGCCAGGGGUCCCCAAAACACAGAUUUUUAUGAAUGGCGCCUGCUCCCCAUCUUUAUUGCCAACACUGUCAGCGCCGAUGCCCUUCCCUCUCCCAGUUGUUCCCGAUUACAGCUCCUCCACAUACCUCUUCCGGCUGAUGGCAGUUGUCGUCCACCAUGGAGACAUGCACUCUGGACACUUUGUCACUUACCGACGGUCCCCACCUUCUGCCAGGAACCCUCUCUCAACCAGCAAUCAGUGGCUGUGGGUCUCCGAUGACACCGUCCGCAAGGCCAGCCUGCAGGAGGUCCUGUCCUCCAGUGCCUACCUGCUGUUCUACGAGCGUGUCCUUUCCAGGAUGCAGCACCAGAGCCAGGAGUGCAAGUCUGAAGAAUGACUCUGCCCUCCUGCAAGGCUAGAGCUGAUGGCACUUUCUGCACUGUCCAGGAAAAAAGUAAAACUGUACUGUUGCGUGUGCAAGCAGCCCCACUAGAGCCUUCCAGCCUUCCGGUGUGUUCUAAUAGCAGGCUUCACCUGGGAGCCAGCCCCAAUUCAUACCAAAUCAGGCUCCCUGAACAGUUCUGUUCAUGUGUGUAGAAGGUACUGUUGUGUUAAGAAAGCAUUCAUUAUGUAUGGAGUGUCUUUUUACUCAUCUGAUACAGGUAAUUAGAAGAAUUCAGAUUCUUGAAGCCACCAUUUUUAUACUAUAAUGUUAGGUGUUCUCAGAGGGGAGGUACGUUUGUCUAAUCAACGUUUCCACUUAGAUCUUUUAUUUUUAAUAAGCAGGCCCAUAAAAAUUGUUGACAAGAAUUAAUGAAAUUAUUAAAGGCAACAAUUUAGAAGAAAAAGUGCCUUUCACUUUCGAUUGCUUUUGUAGCACGUCCAUUCUGAAAUAUUCCUUCCAGGCUACUCAAAGGAUAGCAAGAGAACAGGUAAAAGAUGCCUAAAGAACACCUUCCUUUUUCUAUGCCUUUUCUAAUCUUUCAAUUCUUUCUAUGGAGUAAAGGCUCAUCUGCCAAAUCUGCCCCCUGGGGAAACUCUUUCACUACUUUGUCAGUUAUAAGUGAAAAGCUUACUUGUUGCUUUUAUCUUUUGUAUAUUGGACUGAGAUGUAAUUACACUGUAUUAUAAAACUCUGUGAAUAGCCAGAACUGAGCUGUAUCUUUGCAACACCUGAUUCCUCUGCUCUGUGGAAAACUUUCUUACACAAGGAUCCACUGUGGACAGUUACUUUCAUCUGUUUAUUUAUUGCCCAUGCAGAGCCCUUAAGGUUUACAGGUAGGAGCUUGGGGCUGUAUAAAAAAACAAUCCCUGCCCUGAGUUGACACCUGGCUUAGGAAGCGCCGACUAUGGGGCUGCAGUCUCUCUGAACCUCAGUUUCCUCAUUUGUGAAGUGAAGGGUUAGACUUGAUGACCACCAAAGUUCAGCCCUUUUCAAGAAAAGGAGAAAGCAGCUUUUGACUUUUUAAAAAACAUAUAACUACAGCUGGCAUCUAGUAUUGUCAUGUUGCUCUAGGUCCAUAUUCUGAAUUUAUUCAUUUCCAGUAACCUAAUACAAAAAGUAUAUAUUGAGCACUUUCUUCUCUUUUCGGGUAAGUCUCUGAAUGCAGCUCAGGGUCAAAGGAAUUUUGAUGACACAGUAGUACCUAUGUUUUAAGCUAAAUUUUUAAUUUAAAAAAAUGGAUGCCUAAUUCAUACCGACUCAUCAGAGGUAAGAUUUGGAAUCAGACCUAUCCAAAAGGUCGUCUGAGGUAAGGCUAAGACCGCACUUCCUCUGCUGGGGGCGAGCUGGCAGACACACCAAACAGUGCCUUGGCAGCAGCUCACGGUGCAGGAAGCCCAGGUGAUCACUCUUCUGCUGGGCCCAGGCUGCACCCUGAGGACUCAGUAACUCACUCUCAACAGAAUAUUCUGUGCAGGCUCUCCAGGCUCUGGGCGUCGGGGUGCAAGGGGCAGCUUGAACUGUACGGUCCGUCCUGCACUCACCCAAUGCAGACCUUGGCUUUGAUGUUGAAGUGAACACACUUGUUUUACCCAAGUCUGGUGGAACAAAUGCCCAAUCAUGUGACCUUAAAGUGUACUGCAAAGCUGUAGCUUUAAGUAAUUGCUGUUCUGCCACUGCUUACUCUUUGAAAUCCACCACUAAAGAAAGAUGGAGAAAAGGGGCUGAGCCUUGGAAUAUAUGGUUAUAAGCAGAUCUUUCUUUGGUCGGAGGCCAGGAUUUGAGCCAAGGCUGUAAAUGUGAACAAUACCUGUGCAAAGCCUUUUAACCUGACUUCUUCAUUUUGUAAAUUAUUAUGCAUUAAGUAGCAGCCCAAUAAUCUGAUUUCUAAUUUUAAGUUGUUUUCAAAGUAAGUAGCUUCUUUUGGCCUAAGUUAAACUAGUAGUUUUGCCAUAAUAACUGCUGAUGUAUGUAUUUGCUAAAGGUACUUUUGUAUCUGCUGUGUAUUAUAGCAAUAAAAUAAUUGUUUUGUUAG